UGGAUCAUCAUUGAAGCAACAACAGUUGGUUAAAACGAACCCUUCCUUAUAUUCUGUACCUUAAUUCGAGUCUGAAAAAGUACGUACGCGGUUCAGUGACGCAUAAUAUAAUGGUGUGUUUUUGCUUUUUGGUGGAUCAGAAGAGGAUGAUGAGGCAGAGUAAACCAGCAGCUGGUUCGUGUUCGCGUUGCGGCCAUGGCGCUCAAGUUGCUGAUAUGCGAACUGCUACCAGAUUUUGUUACGUUCCCUUUUACUGGAAGUCUUGGAAAGCUAUUAUCUGUUGUUUCUGUGGUGCCGUUCUUAAGUCUUACAGAUAAAAUCAUCCGUUUCUCUAUCUUUUUAACCGUACUAGUAUAUGUAAUUAUGUUAUGUAUUUUGUGAGUGAAUUAGCAAAUUAAAGUAGAGAGAUAUAAUGAAUAUCUCGUGGAGUAAUCCAGUAUUGCUUGAUCAUGGAGUUUGCUAGCUAUAAAGACAAAAUUCCUAACUUCACAUAUAUAGCCUUUUGUAUUCAUGAUUUACUAAUGUCAAAUGAAAGGGUUUCUUCUUUCUUUCUGACGUUUCAAAUAGUGAAUUCGUGUUAUUUCAACUUCAUA